GGCGCGGACGAGGACAUGGAGCUCCUGAUCGCGUCUCUGCCGUUGUUCACCAUGGCGUCGGCGCUGGCGGCGCUGCCGAAGAACUCCCCCGACUGCGCGGUCUGCCUGUCGCCGUUCGAGCCCGACGCCGGGCUGCGGCUGCUCCCGACGUGCCGCCACGCGUUCCACGCCGCCUGCAUCGACGCGUGGCUCCGCACCAACCCGGUCUGCCCGAUCUGCCGCAGCGCCGUCUCGUUCCCGCUCCCGCCGCUCCCCGCCCCCGCCGCCGCGGCGGGACAGGAGCCGCUCGGCUCGCGGACGAGCAGCAGGAGCUUCCGCGUCGAGCUCGGCAGCGUCAGCAACCGCCUCUCCUGCUCGGCCGCGGGCGGCGACGGCGACCACCGCCGCACCUACUCGCUCGGCGGCUCCUUCAACUACCGCGUCGACGAGGAGGUCGAGGCCAUCGUAUCCCGCAUCGUCCGCCCCGCGGCGGCGCCCAGGCUGAGGCCGGCGGCCCCUGCGGCGCCGGCAACGGCAGCCCACAUCGAAGCUCUGGCGGAGGCGGUGGGGUCCCGCGGGUGGCUGGGCGAGUACCUGGACCGCGUCGCCGCCUCGGCGUCGUCCCUCUCCGGGCGGUGGAGCGGGCGUCUGAGCCAGGGCCGCCGCAGCCACAGCCGCCGGCACGACGACUCGUGGCGGUGGGACCCGGAGGCCGCGGUGGCCAAGACGGCGACGCCAGCCGCGGUGACAACCCCCGGCGAAGAAGAAGCCCCCGCGGAGGCUGCGAGGUCCCGCGGGAUGGGGGAAUCCCGGGACCGCCGCGACAACCUCGCCUCCUCGGCGUCGUCCCUCUCCGGGCGGUGGAGCUGGCGCUGGAGCCUGGGCCACCACGGCCAGCGGCGCGACGAGUCCUGGCGGUGGGACCUGGAGGCGGCGUGCCGCGCGCCGCGGGAGGAGGAGGAGGAGGAGCGGGAGCCGGCGGUCGUGGCCCUGGGCCGGUGGUGGAUUUUGGGCUUCUAG